AUGGACACCACGCUUAUGAAGCUAUUGUGCAUAUUAUAUUCAACAUUUUUUCGCACAUGUAGUAUUUCUGCUACACCUACUUCAACAACACCAUUGAUCAGAUAUGAUGGUCAGAUUGCGUUUCGAUAUGAUUAUGACUACACUAAUAUAUGGGACGACAUUGCGCGGUGUAUUGAAAACGUAACAACCGAUAAGGCUAUAGUCGAUAAUACAUCUAUUAUGGUCGAUAGGGCAGGUACUAUAGUCGAUAGGGGAUAUACUAUAUGGCUAGAUUCAGGGGGUAACACAUAUAGUGAUAUUGACGACAUAAUAGUGUCAAACAUCACAGAUUGUAUGCGUCGUAACUGUAACAUAACCAACAUAUCUAUCUCGUGCCAUAAUCCCUUUGCAUUAUCAGCCAAUACUGACGAAGAAUAUGAAGAUCAUUUCGCGUAUUACGGGCGUGGCUAUCCCAUAGAUUAUGACAGAGAUUAUGAAAGUAUCGGUGAGCCAACGGAUUCGGGUACGGAUCAGAGUACUCUAGUUCGCAGAGGAAAUGGGAACUGGCCGGACAAGAUAUUACCCGAUCAACAAUUACAUUGGGACUACAACGUUAUUGGGAGAUUAUACAUGUUGGAACAAGUAGGUUCAUCAUUAUUCACAUAA